AGUCCAAGCAGAAUUUCUGCCUGCUUCCGAACGAAUACUAACGAUAGCAGUUUUCUAGCCGUCAUUGUUGAAGUCGAAUAAUUUUGUUGUUAAGCUUGUUUUAACGCGCGCAUCGGAUUUUAAACAAACGCGCUAAAAUACACCAUAUUGAAUCUCGACGCGAUUUUCGCCCUUCAGCCGCGAGAUGACGGGAAGAGCGGCUUUCUAACCUCGAAAUUCGCGACUGUCAACAAACAAACAAACGUGUUGGUCUCGUAUUGAGCUUUGUUAAUAACAGACGAUUUUAAAUGGAUCCAAAGCACGAUCCUGCUUUUAUGGAGAUUCUUCGCGAGGAGAAGAACAUUGCCGGCUUUCUUGACAGUUUUUUCGGAUUCUUGUAUCGCUGCACUGACUUUUACGUCGAAGCACCUCCGGAUCAGCGAAUCGGCUUUCCACCGGGCGUCGCUGAGCAGCUCGUUCUGACUUCUCUGCGAAAAUGGAAAAAUAUAAAAAACCUAUCCGAGUUUUCUCCGACGAAAGCCGAAGCGGUUCCACCUGCGAUAGAGGAGGUCACGGUCGGUGGCGAUGGAACUAUCGAAGUAAUCGAAGAUAAACACUCGAAAAAAGAAGCGAAAGCAAAGCCGCAGAGCUCAGGGCCCAGCGUAUCGGACUGCUACAACGGCGCGUCGUACGACAACUACCGCUGGAGCCAGUCUAUCGGCGAGCUUGACGUGGUAGUGCGUCUACCCGAGGAGGCGCGGACCUCCAAGGAUGUGCUAGUCCGGCUGAGCGCAGAGGAGAUCGAGGUGGCCGUGAAGUCCAGCGAAGAUGGAGCCGAGGCCUGGAAGACGCUGCUCAAGGGACGGUUCUCGUUCAAGAUCAAGAGCUCGGAGUCGUACUGGUGCCUCGAGCCAGGGAAACACACAAGCCUGCAUCUGGAAAAGGCGUCGGAGCGCUGGUGGGAGUCGCUGGUAGACGGAGAGCCGCGCAUCGAGCUGAGCAAGAUCGACUGCUCGCGGAAUCUCGAGGAAAUGGCCGAGUGCGAGCAGAUGAAAGUGGAGGAGCUCAUGUGGAAUCAGAGGCGGAAGUUGCUUGGCCAACCUACGUCCGACCAAAUCAGAAUGGAGAAGAUUAUGCAGCUAGCCUGGAACGCCGACGGAUCGCCUUUCAAGGGUACCGAGUAUGAUCCCUCGAUCUUGAAAUUUAACUGAGAGCGCGCGAUGCACUUGUGCUCAUACGCCCCGAGGAAGUUGCGAGAGCGACGAUUCGACGUGCUUCGUAAAUUGGAGCAGCGACUCAGCCGCGCUCGUUUUUGCGGAUAAGAGGCCGGCAGGCGAGGAAGAGGAAAGUGCCUCGAGAUGAGGUUUUGCAGCGUCCAUCUAGUUUUG